GUCGAAUUGUUCCUCAGGGGCUGUAGCUCUGCAUAUCUAGCCAAAUGUUUGCGUCUCUGUGCGUCAGCGCGUUUCUGUGGGCGAGGACACAUAUGGUGAUGAGACUAUGCACAUGUGUUGUUGUCGCCUCCUUCAAGUUAAUCGCUGAAGGGGAGGUGCGGUUGCCUUUUCCUUCUUUUGGAUUUAUGUACUGAGUAUUCAGCACCGUUUUGCCUCAAGUGACAGAUUGAACGACAGAUUUGAAUGUGAAACAUCAUCUGGUGAUUCGAUUUCUGAUCUUUCUCUGGUCUCUGUCUUUGGACAUCUUACUAAAAUGAGUUUUAGCAGUGAGAUGGAUGAGACAGAAGAUGGGAGCAAUAGAGAGUUUGAGAGUGUGGAGAUGAAUAAGCUGCGUCAGAGCCUGCGCAGAAAGAAGCCCACCUACAUGCCGGAGGCCAGCCGACCACACCAGUGGCAGGCAGAUGAGGAGGCUGUACGAAAGGGCAAAUGCAACUUCCCCGUCCGGUAUCUCGGCCUGGUGGAGGUAGAGGAGUCCAGAGGGAUGCAUGUGUGUGAGGAAGCAGUGAAAAAACUGAAAGUGAGUGGGAAGAAAACUGUGAAGGCUGUGCUCUGGGUGUCUGCCGAUGGCCUGAGAGUUGUGGAUGAAAAAACCAAGGACCUCAUUGUUGACCAGACCAUUGAGAAGGUGUCCUUCUGUGCACCUGACCGCAAUUACGAUAAGGCGUUCUCCUACAUCUGCCGUGAUGGAACGACUCGCCGCUGGAUGUGCCACUGCUUCAUGGCCCUAAAGGACUCGGGGGAACGUCUGAGUCACGCAGUUGGAUGCGCCUUUGCCGCUUGCCUUGAGCGUAAGCAGCGCAGAGAGAAGGAGUGUGGAGUCACGGCUUCCUUUGAUGCAAGCCGCACAUCGUUUGUUAGGGAAGGUUCCUUUCGCAUCUCCUCCGCAGGACAGCAGAGUGACCAUGAGGACAUCAUGAAACAGCUACAGGACAAAAAGAAAGAAGCAUGCGGGAUUGCUGCUAUGCUACCUGGAAAUGCUUCUCCACCAGAGGGAGCGGCAUCACCUGUGGAUAAGGCGGAACCAGGUGGGCCUCAUGCCAUCCCACGCCGCCAUGCCCCCAUUGAGCAGCUGGUGCGGCAGGGCUCUUUCCGAGGCUUCCCUCACCUUAGCCAGAAGAACUCGCCAUUCAAACGGCAGCUCUCUCUACGGCUGAACGAUCUCCCUUCUACCCUUCAGCGUAAGACGGAUUUCCAGACUAAGAACCCUGUUCCAGAGAUGGACCUGUCAGUGGUGGGUGAGGCAGACAGCAUAAAUGCACUCUGCAGCCAAAUCAACAGCUCUUUCACCAAACCUUCUGAGGACCUGUGCGCCAAAGCCACCAAUAAUUGCUUACCAGUGUGCAGUGCACCACCUGCCAUCCCCCCUCCACCUGCUCCCAUGCAAGCUACCAGCUCAUGGGUUGAGAUAGAGCCUGCAGUCCAGUCUCCUCCACCCAUCCCACAGGGCGGCCACAAACGAACCCCAUCCGAGGCAGAACGCUGGCUAGAAGAAGUAGCUAAAGCGUUGAAAGUCCAGCAGCAGACUCCACCCAAUCUGCCUCCACCUACUCUACCCCCACCACCCACACAGCAUCAUCCACCAGUUCCCUCCAUUCCCAUUGCACCGGGUUCCCUACCCACCUCUAUACAGCCAUUCCCCAUGGCCUUUGAUGCCACCCCUGCACCAGUUGGCAUGUUCGCCCAGCAACCUCUUCAGCCGGCAUUUGUACCUAUGCAGUCGUACAUGCCUAACCUGGCAAACAGCAUGACUUAUCCCAAUGCCAGCGUGCCCGUUGUAGGCAUCACACCGUCACAGAUGGUGGCUAAUGUAUUCUGCUCUGCAGCUGGUACAGGGGGUGGAGCAAUAUUGGGGGUGGGGAUGGGGCCUAAGACUGGUACACUUGGGGGUAGUCAACACUCAGCGUUCCCCAACCUACCUGGAGGCUUCCUCAACACCACAUUUGCGUCGCCUCCAACUGUCAAUGGCCAUCUGCACAACUCCUUUGCCUCGACUAAUAUGACCACCAGUGUCAUGCAAAAUGGCACUGGUAGCAUCGUGAAAGGAGAUAGCAGUUGGCCAAUGGAGAGUCUAAAACAGGCCAAUCUCACAUCCAGCUCGCAGGAAGUGGAGCAUUUUGAGGCUAAAUGGGCAGCUUUGGAAACUAAAUCGCAACCGAAGGCAGCCAACCCUUUUUCCAAUGACUUACAAAAUACUUUCAAGAUUGAGCUAUAAUUGUAAACAUGGAACAAUCCUUGAAGACUCUGAGAUGAGGAGGAAUUAUUUCGUACCCCAUUCCCCAUCUUCAUUGUUUUGUCUCUUUGAUGGUUUUCUCAUGCUUCUGGUCUGUUUGAGGGCAUUGGUUGUUGUAAGAGAUCAUCUGGUUGUAUUUCAUGUCAUUUGGAGGACUGCCAAACAGACUCCAGAUUUGGAGAACGUAAAUGUCACAGAACUCAAGAAGAUGACAGUCACAACUUGUUAGGCACUUAUUGGACAGCUAAAACGAGAGACCUGCACAUUACUCUCACAAGUAAUGACCCUUGCUUGGAAAGUGAAUGGUUUUACCUAGAGCAAAUACCCUAACGGGGGUAAAUACGUAACUAAAUAGUGGAUGGUCAAAAUAGGUAUUUAUUGUUUUUAUUUGAUUAUGUUGGUUAUUUUUAUCAGUAACCUUUAUCAGAUUUGAAUUGUUGUUCUGAACAAUUAUUCUUAGUUGGUUUUAUCUUAUUUAUUUUAAUUGGACAGGAUAAAGGAUUACAGGUGGAAUAAAUUGGCUACUUGAAAAAAUGUGUCACCAAAUAAGAGGUUGAAAAUUUUAGAUAUAUCUAAAGUUUGAGUUUGUUCUGUUCAGGAAGGAUUGUAAAUAGCAUGCUUUCAGUUUACUUUUAUUUAUUGCCCUUUGUGUGGCUGUAAAUUUUCAGUUAUUCCAAAAAAAGUAUAUGCUGAAUCAUUGACAUGACCACUCUACACCAAGCGGAGACCAAAAGUACUAACAACAGGCACAUUCUAGCCCUGAUUAUACUGUUAAAAUACAUAAUGCAAAGAGAAACAGAGACAUAUUGCAUUGAAACCAAGUACUUUGAGGAAUUGCUAAACAUUUCAAAGGGUUGUAGUAUUAUGAAGUACUUAGCCAGACAUGAUGAGAUGUGUGAAUUCGGUCGACUCUGUAACUUUUAAAACACAUUUGGAUUAGAUUUACCCAGAAUGAGCACCAUUAGGAGAAAUUUAAAAUCCUACCAGAAGCAUUUGAAAAUGACUCAACCAUUCAAGACACAGAUUGCUGAGGAAACUGGGCAAACCUGUUUGGGUUCUCCAUUAUUAUGAAUGUACUAAACGGAAAUGUGACCAUUCUAGUGCAGACAAAAAGAACAUUUGAGGAAAAUGUAGCUGUAUGAAGGGGAAAAAAAGAGGAAAACAAGAUGAAACGUGUUCAAUUGGGUACUAGGAGAGUUGACAAGUGGAGUAGCAAGUCUUGACUAGCAAGUCUUCAAAAUGUAAGGUGUUUGUUUGACUACCUGGAAGCUUAAAGGGACAGAUCAUUUGAUCCAGUUCAUGCAUGUUUAAAAGUUUAAUGUUAAAACAUUGAAUAUGCAUAUUAGUUUUGGCUCUCAUUUCUUAUCACUGCUGUUUUCACUCACUCUGGUCUAACUAGGAAAAAAAAAUAUAUCGGAAUAAUACUAUUACAAACUCUUAAUGAUAAAAUCUCAUUCACUUGUUCUAAAAAUCUAUUUGAAUCCUAAGGGAAACUCAUUUCAGUUCAUUUUUUUCAUGGCAUGUUGAAGCACAAACACUUUUAAUGUUUAGUAAUGCUCAAUGGUUCUAUAUUUUUAUUUUGUUCCUAAAUUUAAAGGCUUGAGUAUUUAUCAAGCUCAAUCAUUGCUUCCAAGAGUGCAAAUAAGAUGUGUUGAAUGAUCUUACUGGAGUGUGUGGAGCCCUGCAAGUGUCAAACGCUAGAUGAUCAAAGCCAGACUGCACACUGUGCUCAGUGAGGUGUACUUCAUACACUGGACAAAAGCAUUCUACCUACAGACUCUUCAAUAUGACAUACACGACAGCCACAAUGUUUCUAACUCCUGGUUUAAAAGACCAUUUUGAAUAUAAUGUGUUAUAAAUUGACUUGGCCACUUCCCGUGUUCUUAUCAACUGUUUAUUACAGGGUCAAGCAGGUGUGUUGUGGGAAAAAAUAAUCUAAAAAUGGUCCUUUUCCCAAAGACAAUGCAUUUGUAGUUUGGCCAAGCUAAACUGUAUGUUGUGAGGAGAAACCCUAUUUCAUGAAUGCAUUUAUAAUAUAUUUUGUCCACAUUCAUUUCCCAAUCAAAAUAUAUGUUUUUCAAAACAAGGGAACUAAAUUACCUCAUAAACUUGAUUGUAAACUUUACUGUAGUGAUAACAAACCAUUGGAGAUUAUUUUUAAUCUUUAUUUACUGAAUUUUGUAUUUAA